AUGGCAUACGUAGCACGAUUCAUUAGAAAAACGAAGGGAAUACGAACAGCGAAUGACAAUGAAGUAUUUCCUACGGUUGAAGAAUAUCAAGUAAGUCUUGACAUGAUCGUCAGCCUGGUUCAGCGACAAUAUUACCCUGAGGAUAUCAAGCAGAUACAGAGGUACAACACUACGCAGAAUAUGGACCACAAAUAUGUAGGAGAUUUGCGCUCGCUGAAUCCCAUAUACGAAUCCGGAAUACUACAUGUAGGCGGCAGAAUCAAGCACGCGAAUCUAACCUUUGGACAGCGUCAUCCGAUUAUACUUCCACCGAAGCAUCAUGUGACAAAGAUCAUCAUUAACGAUUUCCAUGAAACGUACCUGCACAUUGGACCCAGCGGUUUGUUAUCGGCGCUUCGACAGCGAUUUUGGAUCGUCGAUGGACGGAAUGUGAUCCAGAAGAAUCUCAAAAGGUGCAUUCGCUGCUUCAAAACAAAUCCCCCGGAAAUCAAGCGUUACAUGGGAGACUUACCAAAAUUUCGUGUGACACAAUCAGACGUUUUCUCGAGAGUUGGUGUCGACUACGGUGGGCCUUUUCACGUCAAAACAGGCAACCCACGUUAA